UUUUUUUUUUUCGUAGUUACAGUUAUCAGAUACUGAGCCUGGUGGAUUAUAGCGGCAUUAAUGGCACUUCGUUUCGAGAUCCUCGGGAGAUUUAAUCGUGCCCGUGCAGCUCGGCUUAUACUCCCUCACUAUGAAUGCCAGACACCUCUUUUCAUGCCUGUUGGCACUCAAGGCACUAUAAAGGGUUUGACCACCCACCAGCUUGAGGAUAUUGGUUGCCAAAUAAUCCUCGGAAACACAUAUCAUUUGGCACUACGUCCUACCUCUGAGCUCAUUGAUGAGUUAGGGGGUCUUCAUAAGUUCAUGAAUUGGCCAAGAGCACUACUUACAGACUCUGGGGGCUUUCAAAUGGUCUCCUUGUUGCAUUUGGCUGAUAUCACUGAGAAGGGUGUCACUUUUCAGUCACCGGUGGAUGGAAAGCCAAUGCUCCUUACACCUGAAGAGUCAAUACAGAUACAAAACAGAAUUGGUGCAGAUAUUAUUAUGGCUCUCGAUGAUGUCGUGAAAACUACUAUCACAGGUCCAAGAAUUGAAGAGGCUAUGUAUCGAACUCUUCGUUGGAUAGACAGGUGCAUAGCAGCUCACAAGAGACCACAUGAGCAGAAUCUUUUUGGUAUAGUGCAAGGUGGUUUAGAUCCCGUAUUAAGGGAUAUAUGUGUCAGAGGUUUAGUGGAACGUAAUUUGCCUGGCUAUGCUAUUGGUGGUCUUGCAGGCGGUGAAGAUAAAGACUCGUUUUGGCGUGUCGUGGCUCAGUGUACUGCUGCACUGCCUGAGCAUAAACCACGAUAUGUAAUGGGGGUGGGUUACCCACUAGACAUUGUGGUGUGCAGUGCUUUAGGUGCUGACAUGUAUGAUUGUGUCUAUCCUACUCGUACCGCUCGCUUUGGCACAGCUCUUGUACCUGAGGGAGUUCUAAGACUUAAACACAAGGCAAUGGCAGAUGAUAUGCGUUCCAUUGAUCCCUCAUGUGAUUGUAUGGUCUGUAAAACGUAUACCAGGGCUUACAUUCAUUGCCUUGUCACUAAAGAUGCCAUGGGAUCUCAACUUCUGUCAUAUCACAACUUAUACUAUAUGAUGAAGCUUAGCAGAGACUUGCAUUCCUCAAUUGUUGAAGGACGGUUUCCAGAAUUUGUUUGCCAGUUUCUGCAGCAAAUGUUUCCCCAAGGUGAUGUUCCUGAAUGGGUCUGCAAUGCAAUGGAGGUUGCCGGGAUUGACAUUUCUUCCUGCUGUGCUCCAUCUUCAUCGCUCCCAGAUAAAGUAGACAAUACACAAAAUCAAGAAGUGAAAUAGUAAUUAUAAACAUUUUACAUAGGAGCUGAAGAACAUAGAUAUACAGAACUGAC